CGCUUCGCAGUUGCUCACCAACGUCCGGCAGCACCUCGGCUGCAGUAAGGGCGGUGCACGAGGGCCGGGCUGGACCGGCCGCGCCCACCCCCUCCGCCCACUGCAUCUUCCAGCAGCCGUCUCGCGGAGACUUUGUCCUCGCCCUUCCUCUCGCGCCCCGCCCUCGCCCCCGCAGCUAUCGGUGCUCGGCCUCCCGCGCCGGGCGGGCUCCGCCCGAGCCUUCGGGACCCAUGGCCAAGCGGCGUGCGGCCGAGCCGCUGACGUUCCACGUGCCUUGGAAGCGGCUCCUGCUGUGCGAUUUCCCUGAGGAGCCGCCGCCGCCUCCACCGCCGCCGCUCUGGAUCCCGCCGCCGGGGGCCUCGCAUCCCAGGCAGCCCUUCCGCGUCCCAGAGCUUCCACGAAAGCGUAAAAUAGACGCGGGGGCUAUGACGGAACCUUCGGUUUCGCCCAGUAAGCGCCGCGACGGCGGGGACACCGGCGCCCCGGGGCGUGAGGGCCGCGGCCUGGAGACCGGCGAGCCGCCGCUCCUGCAGCCGCUUGUACGGCCCCGCGGGCCGGGGGAGGAGCCCCAGAGCGUCCGGCCCCCGAGCGGCAGUGGCGACGACGGGGCGGGGCGCGCAGAGCCCCAGCGGGGAGAAUGGGGGGCAGCACCGCGCCAGUUCAAUGAAGAAUUUUGGCAGUAUAACACCUUCCAGUACUGGAGGAAUCCUUUACCACCUAUUGAUCUGGCAGACAUUGAAGAUAUAAAUGAAGACAGCCUGACAGAAACAACACUUCAGGGCAAGAAUGAAGUGGUUGAGAUUGACAUGGAGUCCUGACAGAGGAGCUGAAAAAAUGGGUUUUUCUGAAUUUGAGGAGACAUGUCUAAGUGAAUUUAUGUAUUCUAAGGGAAAAAGUCAUUUUCCAUCUUGAUAAUGAUAUCAUUCCCAAACCUGUAAAAUGAAGAAAAGUUGUUUUAAGGAUAAAUGCCUGCAGUCACUACUGAACCUCUUAAUGGGGAUUUGUCAAGGAUAUAGUGCAGUUAUAGGGAAAGUAUUUUAUGUAUCCGUUCUUAAAGAAAAAUUUAUGUUAGGUUCUAGAUUUGAAGAUCUCAAUCUUAUAAAAAGGAAUUCUGAUAGUUUUAGAAAUAGAUGGGAACCAUUCAAAUAUCCCUAUUGUUGCACCAAAAAGUUAGUUUGUGGUACAUGAAAUGAAUAUUGUUUUAUAAUAACUUAUUAAUAAAAUACUUUCUAAUACAUUUUAUUGACUCUUCUUAGUUGAACAGAUAGCUUAAACAUCUAUGCAAACUUAAAAUGUGGGGAUUCUUUCUGAAAGCUGGUUUUGUUUUAAAAGAGCUUUCUAAAUGUAUAGUAGUGAGAAUUUCAAUUUGGGUAGCAUGUUUGCAUAACUUCCAGUAUUUAAUGUUUGUUAAAUUUGACUUUGGGCAAUCAAAAAUGGAUAAAGAACAAUGAGAAAUGAGUAGGUGCUUCCUUCCCCCCCUUCCCAGGAUAAGAAGGAAGAUAUUUUUCAUAUAUAUAUAUAUAUUUUUAAUUUUAAUUUCUUGGUUUUGAACUGCUUUGAGGGCAUGGUAUUUAUAGUUUUUGUUUUUAAGGGCUGCAUAUGAGCAUGUGGAAGUUCCUAGUGUAGGGGAUGAAUCAGAGCAGCAGCUGUCGGCCUGUGCCACAGCAAUGCCAGAUGUAAGCCAUGUAUGUAGCCUACACUGCAGCUCAUGGCAACCCCAGAUCCUUAUCCCACUGAGUGAGGCCAGGGAUAGAACACACAUUCUUGUGGAUACUAGUCAGGUUCAUUACUGCUGAGCCACAAUGGAGACUCUACAAAUAAAUUUGUAGUUUAUUACUUUAGACUCAUCAACACAGACAAUACUUCAAAAGUCUUUGCCUGGUCCCCCUCUUGAGAGAUACUCAUAAAACUGUUCUUAGGUGGACUUUGGGUGUAGCUUUUUUUUUUAAAAGCAUCAAUCCUUUUUCUUCCCAUUCCUCAAAUGUGCAUACAAGUUUGAAAACCACUAGACAAUGGUAGUUUUUCCUGUUUAAAGGAGAUAACUAAAUUGAACUGAAGCAAUGCCUCCUUAAUCAGCUUGGUUUUUAUUUUGCUCUGUGAUGGUUUUCUUACAGAUAAAUUAUUGUGUUGUUAUUACAAUUUCAUUGUUAAAUAAAGUAAGCAAUUUGUGUUUGAGUUAUGUGACUAUCAAUAAUUACUUUAACUUUUGUACUGAAUCCAGAAUGUUGGCUUUGUAAUUGACUAACUUGUCCUUGCUUGUACACUUUUGUUGUUGAUGAUAUUAGAUCUGAAAUUUAGGAACAAUGAUAAAUGCCAGUGAAAGAGAGGGGAAAGAAAAAAACACACCAAUGUUUUGUGUGUACUGAAGGAUUUAAGUAUGGGUUGACAUUAUUACAAAUAUUCUAGAACAGAAGACAAACUGUAUAAUAUUAGAGUUAAGGCUUUGGCGUCAGAUGUGGUUCAAAGUCUAUCCUGCCACUUUCUACCUAUGUAACAUUAAGCAAGUUAUUUCUUAUCUCUAAGUCCCAGAUGCCUCACUUGUAAAAUGAGAAACAAUAAAUAGUAUCUACCUCAGACUA